AAAUCUGCCUAUGGAAAAUUGUUUGAUGGCAUGAGACAAAUAAUCUCUCCUUUACGAAUCGUUUGAACUUCGUUUAACUCCGUACAGGUUUUCCUACAUUUUGAAGGUCUUUGAGGUGUCUGUGCAGUCGUUCUGUUAAGCAGUGGAGGAUGCCAGAUUUACAGGAGCUGUCCAAAGCUUUAGACGAGCUUCCCGACCCCAUCACUAACGUCGCCGUCCUGGCAUCCCGGAAGGAAGCACCGGCAAACUACUACGUGGUAGCACAAACAACAGAUGGCUUGGACGCUGACCUUUGGAAGGACGGCUUAUUCAAAUCCAAGGUCACACGUUAUCUCUGCUUCACCCGAGCCUUUUCCUCAGAGAACAGCCAAGUCCAAAAUGUUGUGGUGGACAUGAAGUUGACUGAUCUGAGGGAUCCUUUGCUGGAAGGCUUUGUACCCGUACAACUAACAACAGACACGCAGGAGCAAGCAUUGAGAAAAAAGAGACUGUGUAUGAAGUUGGUCCCCAGACACAGCACAGACAUGGCCAUAUGUGAUGUCAUCAUCACAGGCAAGACCAAAACUGGCCCUCCAAACUACACAUUCAUAGGGGACUUAAACAGCAUGGGAAUUUGGUACCGAAUGAGAAACACUCCAAAGAUCAAGGCUGCCGCAUCCCAGGCCGCUCAGUCUGUUCCAGCAAAUGCUCCAGACCAAGCAAGGCAGAAGGCUAUGCCACAUGGCUCAACUCUUCCCAAGAGAAACACUGUCAGACCUGACUACGAAGACCAGAGCUCCAACUCCAAAAGCUCAUCAGCCGUGGACGAUAUUCCUUUCAUGAUCUCAGAGAAAUUUGUGACCAAACCGUCUGCUAUGCAGCCAGUCAAUUUAAUGGGCAUUACCAUCAAAUCAGUGCCAGAGAUCGAGCAGGAAUAUGCAUAUUCCUUUCAAACGGAGCUCAGUACCUCAGAAUACCUCUCACACUCCUGAAGAAAAAACCUGGAUCCAAGUGUGUGUGUAUGAGAAAGAGAGAGACAGAGCGAGAGAGAGAGAGAGAGAGAGAGAGAGAGAGAGAGGCAAAGCGAGGGUUACCGAGAUGUACCAAAAACUGCAGAAAAACAAAAUUGCCCUGCUGAGAUGACAGGAGAGGAUGGUGUAAAUGGUUCUGACUCUGUGCCAUCCAAACCCGUCCAGCCCGCUCAUCUGCCCACACGAACAGAAGAAAAAAAACGAAAACAUUCAAAUGAAAUCGACUUUGUUUUGACAGGAUGUAAUAAUGAGAUGUCGACUUUUUUUCUCGGCUCCUUUUCAAAGCCUCAACGGCACUGCAUGAAGCCAGCUGAAAUGUUAUUCUUGACCUGACGUGAAGAGAAGAGACGCGUAUGCUGAUUUGAAUAAAGUUCGUGUGUAGUUAAAAGAGACAUGGACCACAGUUUGCUGGCACAGUGGCUCUUGAUUUUGGUUAAGUGUUGGGACAUGUAACGUCUCUCUCUCUCUCUCUCACAGCCCCCGGUUCUCACACUACACGGAUUUCAUUUAACCCCAUCUAACGUCAUGCGCCUUCACUUAAAUGUUUUAAAUGUACUCUCUUGGUAAAUUCUGGAUAAUUCCUCAUAAAUGUAAGUGGAUCAUUUUUUUAUGAAUUGUAACCAAAAAAAAAAAAAACCCUUCAUCUUUCAAUGAUCUUGUUUUUUUUUUUUUCUCGCUUUUCAAUUGCUUCAAAAGUUCAAAAAUAAAGCAGUAUAAAAGUUUAGGGUAAUUUUCUGUACAGCAUUGAUUAUUGACCACAGACAAUAUCUAGGUUUAAGGUUCAAACAUGUUUUGCAUGACUUUGAAAGAAUCAGCUUUAUAUGCAGUAGCGCAAUUUCAGUUCUCUUUUCCUUUUUCAUUUUUCCACGUUUGCGGAGCAUUACUUAACCUAACUAUGUAACAUACAGACAUUUGAGUGAAUAAACAAUAAAGUUUAAAUGAA